CUUUAUCUAAGGUAGAUUGUGAAGUGUGUGCUUGUCCUGCGAGCAGAAAGCUCAACGUGUUUAGUAUCAUGCCCAGUCUUGAUUACACUCAUCCUCGUGAAUUUGGCCCUGGUUCUCGCACCUGCCGUGCUUGUGGAAACCGCCGUGGUCUCAUUAGAAAGUAUGGACUGAUGCUCUGCAGACGCUGCUUCCGUGAGCAGGCUCCUAAGAUCGGAUUCAUGCACUACCAUUAAAUGUUCUCGAGUAAAGAUGAAUAACUCCUGAUA